AUGGAGGUCGAGCAAGAUUAUCGUUGGGGAGGCCCACAAACCGAAGAUGAUGAGGUAAGGCCAUUUUUGGAGUUUAUUUACAAUUGGUUACUGUAAGCGAUGAGUACUCAAAAAUAUAAAUUCUCCUCGAAUAACCAAUCCAUUUCCAGCAAGAACGUGCUGCUGCCGAACGUGAACGCAAAAAGGCCGAAGUCCGUAAGCGUCUGGAAGAAGCCGGCAGAAUGAAGAAGGCCAAGAAGGGUUUCUUGACUCCAGAGAGAAAGAAGAAACUCCGAGUAAGGCAUCAGAAUUGGAUUGACACUCAUUGAAAAGAGGGUAUUCAUGAGCUCCCUUUUCAGAAACUUCUUAUGCUGAAAGCCGCUGAAGAUUUGAAGCAGCAGCAGAUGCUGAGAGAACAGGAACGGCAGAGAAUCCUCCAGGAUCGGAUCGUUCCUCUUCCUGACCUGGACUCCCAAUCCGAUUCCGAUCUUCUUCGAAUCGCCGACCAAUUCAAAAAGCGGAUCAUCGAGUUGGAGAGCGAUAAGUACGACCUGAGCUACACCGUCCGUCAAAAGGAUUUCGAGAUUAACGAGUUGACUAUCGCUGUGAACGAUUUGCGAGGAAAAUUGUAAGGCGUUGAGCGCGUCUUGAUUCGAUUCGUUUCAGCGUUAAACCCACCUUGAAGAAGGUUUCAAAGACCGACUCCAAGUUUGACAAACUCAAGAAAAAGCAGGGCAAUACCGUGGACUUCAGAAACAACCUCAAAGUCAUCGAUAAGAAACAAUAUGCUCUGGAAGAAGAGGUGAGUUGAGCAAAGAAAUCUGUUAUAAAACAAAUGCUUUCAGUCUGAGAAGGAGAAGGUCGAAUGGGCACAGAAGUAG